AUGCCUGGCAUACCUAGUGACCUUCCUUGGAAUCAGACGCUUGGAGAAACGGUGCCACCGAAUACGCCACAUGCUGUGAGCGUUUCGUUACCGACAUGGAAAUCCAAUGUUGCCUACGAAGAGGGCGAACGAUGGGUCCUCGAUAAAAUGCAGUGCGGCUAUCCAAGGUUCUUCAUUCAUCGAUCAAUUGAACGCCUUGCCCAAAAUAUCGUCCAACAGCACGGGUCACCAGACAUUGACAAGGUCAUGCUAUUUCCGACCAAGAAUGCUGCCCGUAGAUGCAAAGACUUCUUCCAGCGUCAGGACCCGGAAACAGACCUGUCCAACAUCCGGAUACUUGAAUUCCUACCGAAUCCCGAGAAGAUGCCCUCUGCCAAGCGUGUCCUGCCCAGAGUUGUAGCGUACGUCUACUCUAAGGAGCUCUGGCCACUAGCCAAAGCAUUUUGGCAACAUACAGGCGAGGGUAUCUCAUCUCGACAUGCAGAGUUCUGCCAGCGCGCUCUCGACGACGGCUUGAUGGUCGAAGCGAGCUGCAUAUCCCGACCAGACACUCCCCGGAUGUCCAAAGGUCCCCGACGGUACCAACGCCACGUCUCCGUUGAUCACGAUGCUUCGAACGGCGUCAAUGGUCACAGCAACCUUCCAACCCCAAGUUCCACUGAACCUGGAGUGCCAGACUCUGCACAGUUUGUUGAGGAGCGGUUUGGCAGGCACCUCGACGUAGAAUUUGCCGCACAGGCCAAAUUGGCGAUACGCAGACGCAUUGCCGGCUCCCUAACUACCGACGAAGAGCUACCGCAAUCACUCCAUACAGCCGCAGAUGCCACCAACGAGCGCGGUAAAGACAUACCUGGCUUCUCCGUCGACGACGUCUAUCUCUACCCCGGCGGCAUGAAUGCAAUGUUUCACGCUCACCGCUCACUGAUGCUAGCGCGCGGCGAGCUUCCGAGCAUUAUGUAUGGCUUUCCCUAUGUCGAUGCUCUCAAGGUAUUGGAAAAGUUCGGCCCCGGCGCAACGUUUUACGGCUACGGCAGCCAAGCCGAGCUGGACGACCUUGAACACCGUCUCGAAUCCGGCCAGAAGUUUUUGGCCCUGUUUUGCGAGUUUCCGAGCAAUCCCCUCCUCCGCUCACCAAACCUCAAGCGGAUCCGCGCACUAGCGGACAAAUACGACUUCGCUGUCGUAAUCGACGAGACCAUCGGCAACUUUCUCAACGUCCACGUCCUACCUUACGCCGACAUCGUCUGGAGCAGCCUGACCAAGAUCUUCAGCGGUGACAGCAAUGUCAUGGCAGGCUCCACAAUCUUGAACCCGCAGUCGCGCUACUAUGCUCAGCUGAAGCACAUCUUCAACGCUGAGUAUGACGACACGCAAUUUCAAGGUGACAGCGUCUGCCUCGAGCGUAACAGCCGCGACUUCAUUACCCGCAUUCAGCGCGUGAACUGCAACGCCGAAAUCAUAGCAGAAACCCUCCGCUCCCAUCCUGCCAUCAAACAAGUCAACUAUCCCAAGUACAGUGACACCCGGCCAUAUUACGAUGCCUGCAGACUGCCCAACGGCGGUUAUGGCGGCUUGCUCAGCGCUACCUUUCACCAUAUCGAAGAUGCGCAAGUCUUCUACGACCAUCUGCAGACGGAGAAGGGCCCAAGCCUAGGUACCAACUUCACGCUGGCUUCGCCAUUCGUGAUCCUUGCACACUACAAUGAGCUGGACUGGGCAGCGCAGUUUGGGUGUGAGGCGAACCUAAUCAGAUUCAGUGUGGGCUUGGAGGACAAGGAGCAGUUGAAGAAGGCUUUUGCCCUUGCACUUUCUGCUAUACCGCCAAGAGAGACUGCGGCAUAG